AUGUUUGCCCUCAUACGUCGGGGAGUGGCCCUGCGAGCUUCGACCUGUCUCCCUGUCCCUGUUCCCAUCCUUCGCGGGCAGAUAUCGCAGCUACAUAACCACGCAGAGGCCGUGGCUGAGAUGCCGGAGGUUCCUCCCAUUACUGGCCCUCCUCCCACGGAAGAACCAUUCUGGCGCAAGAUACCUUGGUGGAGCAAUGUCUCGGAGUCAGAUUUUCUUUCCUACCGCUGGGGUAUCGCCAAUACAAUCCAGCCCCAUAAGCUCAGGAAUUUCCUAGGGUCAGUCUUACCUGAUGAGGUCCCUGAUGACCAGCAUGAGGGCAAGAUGCAGACCCGAGACGACCUGAUCAGCGAUGUUUUCAAGGGCAUUUCGCACGCUUCCAUGUCAACCCGCAUCACCCCGUAUAUAAUGAGCCGCAUAGACUGGAACGACCCUCGACAUGAUCCUCUCUUCCGCCAAUUCAUCCCCCUGCGGUCGAGGAUGCUCCCAGACCACCCGGAGCUGACCAUGGACUCUCUUGGAGAGCGUAAGGACUCGCCAGUUCCUGGCCUUGUGCACCGCUACCCUGACAAAGCCCUGUUUCUUCCCGUCUCUGUCUGCCCAACGUACUGCAUGUUCUGCACACGAUCCUACGCCAUUGGCGGCGACACCAGCACCGUUCACAAGGAGUCCUUCAAGCCCACGCGCCGCCGUUGGGAGAAAUGUUUCUCCUACAUCGAGGGCCAGCCCGGCUUGCAUGACAUCGUGGUCUCGGGGGGCGACUCAUACUACCUGGAACCCGACCAACUGCACGAGAUCGGCGAGCGCCUCAUUAGCAUGCCCAACAUCCGCCGCUUCCGUUUCGCGUCCAAGGGGCUGGCCGUGGCUCCCGGACGCUUUCUGGACGAUGGUGACGGCUGGUUCGCGGCGCUGGUCGACAUAUCGAAUGCUGCGAAGCGCGCCGGCAAGAGUGUCGCUCUGCACACGCACAUCAACCAUCCAAACGAGAUCAGCUGGAUUACCGAGCUCGCGAGCCAGCGCCUGCUGAAGGAGGGCGUCACUGUGCGCAACCAGACUGUCCUGCUGCGCGGCGUCAACGACGACGUCGAGACGAUGAGCACGCUCAUUCGUAAGCUCGCGGACAACAACAUCUCUCCAUACUACGUCUACCAAUGCGACAUGGUCGAGAGCAUCGAACAUCUGCGGACGCCCUUGCAGACCAUUCUGGACCUGGAGUCUCGCAUCCGGGGCACGAUCGCGGGCUUCGCCAUGCCGCAGUUCGUCGUCGAUCUUCCUCAGGGAGGUGGCAAGCGUCUUGCAUGCUCUCACCUCUCGUAUGACCGCGAGACCGGCGUUUCGCGGUAUAUGGCUCCUGCACUCACCCGCGGUAACAAGGAGAACAAGGUCUACGAGUACUUUGACCCUAUCGAUUGCCUUCCCGUCCGCCCUGCAGAGCCCUGUGACUGA